CCAGUACAAAGAAUUUUGCCUUGUAACAAUUCAUCAAUUUUGGAAAGAAGUAUAGUCAUAAAUAAAACGAAACAUUCAGUCAAACAAGACUUCUUGUGGUUCACUAUUAACAUUGCAUUUCUGUCUGCUAUUUUAUAUGAUUUUCCUCCAACGAAGAGAAAGGGUUUAGAGCAAACAUUGGUCUACUUCGUCCGGAUUUUUUGACACCCGAAGAAAACAUCGAUCCCUUCGCCUGAAUUUGGUACCUACAGCUUGCAGCAUCGAGAAGUAAGGUUAGAAUAUUUGAUUCACUUAUUUUGAUCUUGCUUUGAGAGUAUAUAAUUUAUUGGCAUAUGGUUUUGUUUUAGUUCAUAUUCUUUCUACUUUAUCAUACAAAAUAUUAAAUAUUUGGCACAUUUCUUUAAAAACAAAUUAUAAUUUUUGGAUUUAUAUCUUAAAAAAAACUUACUUCUUUAAGCUAAAUAACAUAUCUAAAUAUUGAAAUAAACGUUAUCAGUUAUUAUUUGUAUAAUAAUCUACAAUAUUAAUCAUAUUAAUUAAUACAUAAUAUACAACAACCAGCCUACCAUAGCAGCACCCAUCGAAGGGAAUAUCGUUUAUUUAUAAUAUAAUUAACGCAUUUCAAAGCAUUUUACUUAUAAUAAAGACAUCCUAAGCAUUAUUAAUAUUUGGCCCAACAUAGCCGUAUCACAAUCCUUAUACCUAAUCCACACCAUCAACAUUUUUUAUUGCUUACUUAGCUGAUCCACUUAUUUUAACUUGGUACUGCAACUAAGCUAGCAAUAUUCUUAUUAAUUAGUAUAUUCCACAAAACACAGUAAAUUUAUAACCUUCUCUCAAACCUAUUAGCGUAAAUUAAUUGAUAAAAGUGGCUAAUGCUGAAGACCUUAAACAUUUUGUAGCUCGUCGUGGCACUGUUAAAUCCACAGUGACUCGUUUUAACACUUUCCUUGAAAAAUGUGUAACUCCUUUAUCUGACACAAUCCGUCUUAAAUUACAAGCGCGUCUUGAUGCCUUAAAGGAGUCAGUUGUUGAGUUUGAAAAGGUACAGUGUGACAUUGAACGUAUUUGUUUAUUUGAUACAACCUCUAACCUCGGCAAUCAAGAUGAUGAACGAGGAAAGUUUGAAAGCAAAUAUUAUGCCUUAGUAGCGAAAGCAACAUUACUUCUCAAUCCCGUAUCAAAGGAGCAACCACCCAUUCAUGGAUCAUCUUCAUCCAUGUCACCUUCGCCAAUGCUCAACUCUCAUCGUCUUAAUUCAUAUUUACCAUCAAUUCCUUUGCCCAUAUAUUCUGGCACAUACGAAACUUGGACAAAUUUCAAAGAAACCUUUGAGGCACUUAUUGAGAACAAUCCUACUAUUCAAAAAAUCGAAAAAUUUUAUUAUCUUAAAUCCAGUCUAAAGGGGGAAGCCGCUCAAAUUAUUGGAGCACUCUCCGCAACCGAAGCAAAUUAUGAAACGGCUUAGCAUCUAUUGUGCGACCGUUAUGAAAACAAAAGAGCAAUUUUUCAUGCUCACGUCAAAUCCAUCUUCGAGCUAAGUCCUACUAAAGAUGAGUCGUCUCGUUCCUUGAUAAAACUUUUAGACACUUUCGUCAACCAUUUCAAAUCCUUGGAAAACUUAGGGGAACGCGUUUUCGAGUGGAGUACCAUUCUAAUAUAUCUUUUAACAUCCAAAAUUGACAUCAAUUCUCGAAAAGAAUGGGAAAGAGUAUCAGCAGGAAAGCAAUCUCCCGAUGUGAAACACUUCCUACAAUUUUUGUCGGAAAGGUGUAAAAUUUUAGAAUCUGUUGAACAAAAAUGCGACCAAUGGGCAUAAUGUCAAGUCAUCUGACAAAUCUUCAACCCUUACCGCAUUAGCUCAAGUGCCAUCAAGGUGCAGUUUAUGCUCAGAUAACCAUUUUAUCUACUCUUGUUCUAAGUUUCAUGCCAUGCCGAUACCGGACCGAUUUGCAAAAGCAAAGGAGCUUCAUCUGUCCACCAAUUGCUUAAGGUCCGGACAUAAAACUUUGGAUUGUAAAUCUAGCUACACUUGUAAGGCUUGUCAAAACAAACACCAUAGCCUUUUACAUAGAACUCAACCCGAGUCGCAAAAUCAUAAUAAAAACCAUAUAUCUACCAUAUCUUAUCUUCCCCAAUCUCAUCAAAAUAAUCCUAGCACUUCUAGACAACCAGAGACAUCCUGUAACUUAUAUUCAUUUAAUCAAAAUCCUAAUUCGUUCAUACUGUUAGCUACUGCUGUAGUAAAAACAUUUGACAAAAAACGGCAACCCACACUGGCCAGGGCCAUCUUAGAUAGUGGAAGCCAAUCCAAUUUUAUUACUCAAGAACUAUUUGAGAAACUAAAUCUUCCAUAUGAACAUGUUAACCUACCUAUAACAGGUAUAAAUCACGUUACAACUUCACUUACCAAACGUGUAAAAUUAGAAGUAAAAUCUUUAAACGGAGAUUUCACUUUCAAAAUGCCUGCUCUCGUAAUUAAUCAAAUAACCGAUCUUACACCACAGCAUUCAAUCAACCCUUCUUAUAUUAAUAUACCCAAUAAUAUCACAUUAGCUGACCCUCAGUUCUAUAAUCCUUCUGAAGUACACCUACUCAUUGGUGCAGGCUUAUUCUUUAAUCUCAUGGGUUCUGGACAAAUAAAGGGUAAUAAAGGUCAACCAUUUUUACAACAAACGAAAUUGGGGUGGGUAGUUAGUGGCCCAAUUCCUUCACAAACUUAUUGCUACCAUUCUGGUCCCAGUUCUUGUUUUCUUUUAUCAGCCGAUCCUCUUCAGGCCAGUAUCGAAAAAUUCUGGAAAAUUGAAGAGAAAUAUAUUACGAUUCCUUCUAAAUACACUAAGGAAGAAGAAGAAUGUGAAGUCCAUUUUCAAUGUACCACAAUUAGCGACGACACUGGACGUUUUCAAGUGAGUCUUCCUCUUAAACCUCAAAUUGCACAACUAGGCAAAUCUUAUGACAUAGCUUUUAAACGAUUUCUAUCAAUCGAAAGGAAGCUUCAGAAAAAUCGUAUUCUAAAACAAGCCUAUUGCGAAUUUAUGUCACAGUACAUCGAGCUUGGACACAUGUCUAAAAUUUCGGAUCUCGAACCUGAUUCUUCUCCUUCGUAUUAUUUGCCUCACCAUGCUGUCGAAAAAAAUGAUAGAAGAGAAAACUCGUAUCGUUUUUAAUGCCUCAUGUCCCACUUCUACCGACAUAUCACUAAAUCAUACACUCAAGGUGGGCCCUGUUGUUCAAAGCGAUCUUUUUUCCAUAUUGCUACGAUUCAGAUAGCACAACUUCGUAUUUACCGGUGACAUUGCCAAAAUGUAUAGACAAGUACUGGUCGAACCAGCACAGCGUAACCUUCAACGCGUGAUAAUAUGGCGAAAUGAUCCUUCCCAGGAAAUUAUCAUCUAUCAGUUAAACACCGUGACAUACGGCUUGGCAAGCUCAUCAUAUUUAGCUACUAGAUGCUUAAAGGAAAUUUCUAUACAUUCUUCGGCUACAUUUCCUGAAGAAAGUCGUAAGCUCAACCUAGAUACGUAUGUCGAUGAUGUGGUCACAGGUGCUUCAACUAAACAAGGCUUGAUUUCUCUUCGUCGAGACUUAACUUCAAUAUUAAGUUCCUAUGGCUUCAAUCUAAGACAAUUUUCAUCAAACAGUACGGCCCUGCUAUCAGAUAUAAAUGUAGACGAUCACAAAGAAGAAUAUAUAAUAACAGAUUCACCAAACAGUAAAACUCUUGGCAUAUCGUGGAAUUCUUUAACUGACUCAUGUAUCUACAAUACAAGGAUAACAGCAAAUCCAUCCAUUAUUACAAAAAGGACAAUCCUAUCAACCAUAGCUUCUAUUUUUGAUCCUCUAGGUUGCCUUGGGCCCAUGAUCGUUCAAGCAAAGGUUCUAAUGCAAAAAUUAUGGAUUCAGCGACUUAACUGGGAUGAUCCUAUUCCUGUCGAACUCUAUAAGAUCUGGAAAUCGUUUAUAGACAACUUUACUCUCGUUAAUUCUUUUAAUAUACCUCGUCAAGUCACCACGAAAGAUCCCAUUUACAUUGAGCUACAUGGCUUUUCCGAUAGUUCAAUAAAUGCAUAUGGAGCUUGCAUAUAUGUACGAUCUAUUGAUAUACACGGUCGUAUACUUAGCAAUUUACUGUGCGCUAAAUCACGUGUUGCUCCGUUAAAGGCUAUUUCACUACCUAGACUUGAAUUGUGUGGAGCACUUACUCUUGCUCGCCUAACUAAAAACGUAAUCGAAUCUUUAAAACUUACUUUCUCAAAAAUUUAUUUCUAUACCGACUCCACAAUUGUUCUAUGCUGGUUGGGUCUUGAACCUCGCACUUUAAAAACAUUCGUAUGCAAUCGUGUAUCCGAAAUCCAGCAAUUGACAAAAAUAGAUGAGUGGCAUCAUAUACCCUCCAAUUUAAAUCCUGCCGACAUAAUAUCUAGAGAAGCUAGUCCGUCCGAAUUGCAUGAAUGUGAUUUAUGGUGGCAUGGACCUUCAUUUUUGUUGCAAUCUCAGGAUACUUGGCCCUCAAACAAUCACAUAUCGAACUUCACAGCUCAUACUCCUGAUCCCGAUUUAAUGGAACUUAAUCCAAAAUCUAUUGUUCUAUCAUCUCAAGUAUCUCCUUCAAUCUUAAUAUCUUCACUAGUUAAUAGAUAUUCUAGUUAUACUAAACUUCGGAACGUUCUGGCUUAUUGUUUUCGAUUUAUCCACAACGCUAAGACUUCAAGGGAAUUCCGGAUAAUUGGAGAUCUCACCUUAACGGAGAUGGUCCAAAGCACAAAUUAUCUUGUUAGACACGUUCAGAGAGAAAGCUUUCCUGAGGAUAUUCACCAAUUAAAGUCUCAUGGUAAAGUCAAACUUUCCAGCAAAUUAAACUCUCUGAACGUAUUCCUUGACGACCUAAACAUAAUGAGGGUGGUAGGUCGCUUAAGACAUGCUUCUAUCCAAUUCUCAGCAAAACAUCCGGUUUUACUUCCACAUAAGCAUCCUCUUUUAAAAACAAAUGCCAUCCGAGAUUUUUCUCAAGAAAAUAAAAUAACAUGGCAUUUCAUUCCUGCCAGAUCUCCACACUUUGGGGGGCUAUGGGAGAGUGCCAUAAAAUCAAUAAAAACUCACUUGUACCGUAUUAUAAACAAUGCCAAUCCUUUAUUCUAUGAGGAAUUGUAUACUCUUUUAGUACAGAUUGAAGGUGUAUUAAAUUCUCGACCCCUGCUUCCUAUGAGCAACGAUCCCAAUGAUAUAGAAGUGCUGACUCCGGGCCAUUUUCUCAUUGGUCAUCCGCUUAACAUGGUUCCUGCUAUAGACUAUGAGGAUUUUCCGAUCAACCGGCUCACCCGAUUUGAGCUCUUGCAGCGCAUGAUGCAGCACUUUUGGUCGAGGUGGAAAAAUGAAUACUAUACUUUGCAGCAACGAGAAAAGUGGAGAUAUACAAAAGACACGGCCAAAUUACAAGGACAGAUGGUGCUCCUGAAGGAUGAUGGUCUUCCUCCGUAUCAAUGGUCCCGUGGACGUAUAAGUGCUCUCCAUCCAGGCAAAGACGGACUUGUGAGCGUCUCUACCCCAAAUGGAACUAUCAAACGCAGCAUUACUAAACUGUGCCCGUUACCUGUUGAACAAUAAACAUUCGUUUUCUAUUUUUUAGUGUAACCGAAACAACUAAUUUUAAAUUUUCUUUCAUGUAUGUAGUAUUUAGGUAUGUAUAUAAGUAUUGUAUAACAAGUCAUUGUAAUUCUGCAAGCCACAGCCUAAGCGAGCCGGUUUUUAAGUAAUUAGUCACUACCUUUCUUUAUUGAAGUGUAUCCUUAGAUAACUUCAAGGGCGGCGGUAUGUUCGAUCCUAAUUUGUAUAAAAUAUUUUAAAUUGCCAAUAUUAAUUAAAAUAAACAAGUACGUAUAAUAUUUCACGGGUGACGAGUAGUUUUUGGAAUCGGUAACCCAUAACAACAGUCAGCAAAUAUAUAUAAAAUCAAUCAAAAUAAUUUCAACGAGCAAAAUUUUAUU